UUGGUACACGACGGACGAGAAACGAGGAGCGACAGGCGACGUCGCGAAUUCGACGCUGCGUUCGCACCAAUCGAAACGAACCACAUGGUCCGGGGGAUUAUCCGGUGGAGUGGCUAGAUUCUUAGUUCGGCUUGCAACGCUGCCCGAGCGUGGGACACCACGUCGACAAAGUACCCGGAAGCAUGUUGGAAUUCGUCGAGCCGAGGAACACCUCUUGGCAAGUUUAUCCGUUUUCCGCGAAAACAUGCUGGUAUCGCGGGCGAACCUGGUUUGCGCGAUCGACGGGAAGCCCGUUCGCGUAAAGGAGGGAACCCUACGGAAGAAUGUCAGCGUCGUCGCGACGAUGAAACGUGCGGUUGUGUGGUCGUUUCUGUUGUUCGCGUCGGGAAUAGCAGUCGCCGCUAUCAGUGCUUUUCUAUCGCACUAUUAUGUGGGCCGUUUGUCGUCGUCGUCCUCUGAAAUACCUGAGACAAGGGAUUAUCGUCGCGCGUUUGUUCCACUGCCGUCAGAGAGUGCGUUGAACGCUUUGGAGGAAGGUAGCGUGGAUGUGGCAAUACCGAUUCUUACGGGGUCGGAUGGCCGACGAAGGCAUGGUGAGAUAUCAAACAGCGGUGGAACAGCAUCCACCGUUGAGGCGUUCACGUCUCUGCAGUUGGCGUUUGAGAUGAAGCUAUCUGGAAAAGAGGCAAAGGCGGUGAAGCUGUUCCAACACGCCGUCGCCUUAGCGCCCCGUCAUCCUGACAUCCUGAAUCAUUACGGGGAGUUCCUUGAGUACGCUCAGAACGACGUGAUCAAGGCAAACGAAUAUUACGUGCGUGCCCUCAAUUACCAGCCGAAUCACGAGGAGGCACUGAUCAACAGCCGGCGUACAGCGCGCAUAGUCGACGAGCUGGAUCGCAGGAUGCUCAGACGUAUAGAUGAGAAACGGGAUAAUCUCUCUGCGAUACCUGAUAAGAAUGCAGCCCUGAUACGUGCCAAGAAGGAAGCUUACUUUCAGCAUAUCUAUCACACGGUUGGCAUUGAAGGAAACACGAUGAACCUAGCUCAGACCAGGGCUAUAGUAGAAACCCGUACUGCUGUUGCUGGCAAGAGCAUAGACGAGCAUAAUGAGAUUUUAGGAUUGGAUGCAGCUAUGAAGUAUAUCAAUGCGACCUUGGUGAACAGGGUGGGUUCUAUUUCGAUCAAGGAUAUAUUGGAGAUACACAAGCGCGUGCUAGGACACGUCGAUCCUGUCCAAGGCGGCCAGUUCCGUCGCACUCAGGUUUACGUUGGUGGCCAUGUACCUCCUGGCCCUGGUGACAUACAUUAUCUCAUGGAGGAGUUCGCGCUAUGGUUGAAUAGCGAGAGAGCCAUUCGUAUGCAUCCUGUCAGGUAUGCGGCUCUGGCACACUACAAGUUGGUACGAAUACAUCCGUUCUCAGAUGGGAAUGGUAGAACGUCCCGGUUACUGAUGAACACGAUCCUGAUGCAGGCCGGUUACCCACCCGUCAUCAUCCACAAGCAGCAUCGGCAUACUUAUUACGAGAAAUUGGAAAUAGCCAAUACGGGUGACGUUCGUCCGUUUAUUCGAUUCAUAGCCGAAUGCACGGAACAAACGCUAGACCUUUUCUUAUGGGCAACCAGCGAGUACUCCAGGCAAGUGCCCGCUCUCGGCCAGGAUUCCUUCUUUCCUGAGACAGCUAAGACGAUAAUCACGGAGGAAGUCAGUGAUCUCGCCGACGCCUUUAGCAACGAUUGAACAACGUUUUUACUUGCCAUGUCGCGCCACGUCAAACCAUUUUAAAGUAUUUUAUAUAGACCAAAGAAAAAAAAUGGUAAGACUUAUUGUCAGGCUCGCCGAGAGUUCAAUUCGACGAUUCUCAUAGUUUCCCAUUUCGCGAAAUAUUUUUAUCUCCGUUUAACGGAACCAAACGCUUCCACUAGUUCCCGUUGCAUUCGGUCGCUUAUACUUAUUACUAUUACUAAGAUUACAGUCGUCGCCUAAGAUAGAACUAAGUCGUAACACCGGGCAUCAACACUGUAUCCACCGAAGGUGUCAAAUUCCACCUGAAAUUUUAUCUUACAAUUAUCUUCCGAGGUCAGUCGUAUAUUCUGAAUUGACUUUUAGACUUUUCCAGCGAUUAUAAGAUUAACGGGAAAUGUCCAAAAUUCAAUUGAGGAUAAAUGAUUAGACUGAGAAAAUAAUUUUAAGUUGAAGCUUGAAAAGUCUUUUGACACCUUCGUUAGAGAUAGUGUUAAACGUGUUUCAAACCGGAGGACAAGCGAGUUGACAGAAGUAUGAUCUCUUCGAUGCUCGGAAAUCCAGCCACGUCACUUGGUACCGAUUUUUGGGAGAUCAACAUUCAAUUUACGACCUUGUAUCGUGGCGACGACUGUACCGCUACUUCUGCUACACGCACGGAAACGACAAAGAACAGUAUGAAAAUUCGAUGAAAGACUGUGAUGAUUUUAUAUGAUGCAUGUACGCGCAGGAAAGUAAGGUGCUGCCAAAGAUGCGAGAAGUCAUUGUAGAAUUGACUCAGCGCGGAGAGAACAACGGUCAGAGGUUCGUUACAUCCGAUUCUGGUAGCUUUUCUUUACUAGUUACUUUUCCACAGGGUAAAAUCGGUUUUUCUCUUCGUCAUUAUUUAUUUCGCUGUGUUCGAGGUUGCGCGUUUGACGUUUAAUCAACCGCUUUGCGGGACAAAGGUGAACCAAGCACAUUACGUGUCACCGGACACAGGCGUGUACGAACCUUGCUCGUUGCCGUUAAUGCGUAUAAUUGGAUCUUACGAAAUACCUUAACCGUUUUGUUAAUUAGAUUACCAAAAUCGUUAAGGUAUUUCACAUGCUAGCGUGUGUGUGUGAAUAUAUAUAAACAAGUAAUAUGUAUAUAUAUACACCCACACGCAUAAUGUAUUUUAAACGCGCGAAACAAAUCGUGUUAAUAUAAUAGAGAGUCCUCGCAAUUGUUGCUUGCUGGUCAAGACAUUUGCGAUGCGCGAUUGUACAUAUAUAUAUAUAUGUAUAUACAUAUAUAUAUACAUACGCGGCUUUUAAUAAAUGUAUUAUUUUGGAAAUCAUUGUUCGUGUAUUUUGUUACGACUUCGUUCGAUACAGAUCAUUAGAAAUACACUUGUUAGGCGUGACUAUGAGAGACAGUCACUCCCGUCAUCUUCAUCUUGUCCCGUUAUUUUUCCUCGUUCUUUUCCGUAAUCGAUUUCUUGUAAAAAAUACUCGGAGCACCGACCGACUUUCCUAAACGAGUACGCACAGCGCGCCCCAUUUAAUCACUUAAACGGAUUGUUCUAAGAAACACCGUUCUAACGGGGUACCUUAGCAAAUAAAACUCACCGAACCAUCGAUUCAGAACCUGAGUCGUGCAAAAUGUAAUCUGAUUAUAUACCGAACCUUCGAUGAGAAAAUACGUAAAUUAAGAGACUAUUUUAUAUAAAUAUUUCACGUAUUAACGCGUUGUACGGAACUGAACCCUUUGCACUCCGAACAUUUCAAAUGCCUUAAUAGUUUAUUUCUAUAAGGAAACAUUCAAGAACCUAAAAUUUCGCUUUAAAAAAGGAAAAUUACAAGUACACAUGGAUUCGCUUUUAAUUCGUUCUGUCGAUUUCCCGUAUUUGAACAGAAAGGAGAAUUUUACAAUUUGAGAUUAAUGUAACAUGACAUCUGAAAUUAUGUCUCUAUAACAGAGCCAACGGAGUGCAAAGGGUUAGUAUUAUAUAUAACAGUUUGUAAUCUUGUUAUAUUGAAGCAAAUGAUGACUGAGAGUCAUCUCUAUGCAAAGGACUAAGGUUAAUGAUAGAAAUGUAACUUUCAUGAUUACCAGUAGUAAUUGUUAACACGUUGAAUGCCAGCCAACCAAAUUGAAUUACUAUACUUCAAUUAAGCGACGAUUAUUCGAAAACAUCUCUAUAUUAUAAACAAUGCCACCUGAUAUUCAGCGUGAACCUGUAACAAUAACGCAAUUCAAUCUGACGAUUGAAUACCAUAUCCUUUCCUUUUUGUAUAUUUUGCUCUAUAAAAUCGUGCGGCAUUCGACAUGUCAAUUAUUCAGCGCGAUCUCCUCGAUGUCGAUUGUAGAUCGGUAACAAUUGGAAAAGAUAAUUUGCUCGUAUAUAAUCAGAUACACAUUCUGCCCGACUCUGUUCGGAGUCAACGUUGUUCGCCUUACAUUCGGUCAGCUCGGUGUCCGUUCGGCGGCUUGGUUCAAAAGUACGGAUGCUUGGUUAGGUCUUUGAACUCGCCGCGAUUUACGAGCGUCCUGUUUGCCCGCGCGACGAGAAAUCGUUCGUCGAAGAAAAACAUUUAAAGGCAGUUCGUACCAUUUUUUAAGCGAGUUUAGUUUUAAUACGUUUCAGGAGUGAACAAAAACUUUGCGUUCGAUACACCAAACGUUCGAUUCUCUUUUUCUCGUACGCGCAUUCUCUCAUUCUCGCUCGUCCUCUCACACUCACACGCACGCGCGCGCACACUCUCUCUUUCUCUCUAUACAUAUAUACGCGUUGCAACGACGCUGUUACCUAUAUAAAUACAUUUCUAUAAAAAUCAUAUUUUGCCAACAAUGCGAGUCGACUGUUUACAACUUUGAGUUUUUUUUGUUUUCUUAUAUCAGAUUUCUUUCUCUCGUAUUCUCUCCUUCCCCCUUUUCUCGCUCGUCCGAAC